UAAAAUGGCGGUUUCUUCUUCUGUCACCAGUUCGGUCACCAGGACUAGCUAUGCCUUUGAUACUCUUUGCAAUGGGAGUCCCUGCUGCGUCUGUGAUGCAAAAUGUCUUUUAAAACUGACUAAAAAUUUUCGUACUACUCGAUCUGUAGCUUCAUCACUCUACAAGAAGCUCAAUGAGAUUAUACAUGAGAUUGAGGUUAGGAGGGGAUGCCAGCUAGUGGGCUUUUCCAUUGGAAGAGCACCGAUUAAUAAAAGAGAACGUACAAAAAGGAAAGGAGAUUACUAUUCAUUUGAUAUAAUGGAUCCCAGGACUUGGAAUAAAGAUGCUCUUAAACUGCAGUGGGAGGAAUGCAAAAGGUCUGAUUGUGGGAGAAAUGGAUUGAUUGUUCUUACUGUAGUCACUCAAGCGGAAACUCCCAUUAAUUAUUCCUCUCAUGAAGAAUAUGUCAUUAAAAUAGAAGAAGAAUUAAGAAGUUACAGUAUGUUUGAAAGGAAUGAUAAUCGACUUCAAAUUACUUCUUUUAGCCUGCAAAAAAGUAAAGGGAAAGCUCAUGCUUAUGCAAUUUAUGUGGCCAUUAGACUCUUGGAGUCCUCUAGUCGAGUAUGGAAAGGAGGAGCAGAAGAACCUGCAGUACCUGCUGUUUCUCAGUAUAUCUCUGCUGGACGUACAGCAGCAACUGCUGCAAUGCAUCAACCUAAUCCCAUCCUACUCCAUUCUCCUCAUACCCCAGUGCAGGAUCCAACUCAAUCAGUAUCAAGAGAUAGGAAAUCUCAUAGUUCUACUUUAUCUUCAAUGAGUUCAUCUGGAGCUAGUCGCAAAACACGAUCUUUAACAUAUAGUGGAUCAAAAUCAUCUGGUUCCAUGCAUACCCAUCAAUAUGAUGAGGAAAGCAAGAGACAUACAGAAGUAAAAAAGGAGAAUGAAGGUCUAAGAGCACAGAUAUCUCAGAUGAGUGAGGUGUUGAAGUCAAAAGAAACAGAACUGGAAAUCUUUAAAGAGGAGAAUAUGCAAGUAAAGUCUCAACUGCAUCAUAUGGAAGCAAUAAAUCAAGCUAAAUUAAAGCUUGAAGAAGAGAACAAAGAACUACUGGUACAGUUGUCUUUGUUGGUCCAAACUAAUGAGGAAAAUGAAUCUAAACUGAGAAAGGUAGUAAAAGAAAAUAGCCGACUGAGCAAAUCACCCAAAGAAAGCCAUCAAAUUAAAGUAAUCCAGGAAGAAAGCAGACAAUUAAAAUUGCAAUUAUCUGAGAUGGCUGAGUUGUCAAAGGCAAGGGAGACUGAGCUGGAAAGAGUCAAAGAAGAGAAUGCUCAACUUAACUCUCAACUGCAUCAUAACGUUGAGAAAAUACACCGAGCUAAAUUGGUAGCAGAAGAAGAGAAUGAGCGAUUAAAAGCACAUUUGUCUGAGUUGGUUGAAAGAUCCGAAGCAAAUGACAUUGACAUGAGAAAAUUAAUGGAAGAAAAUUCUCGACUGAAGACAACAAAUGUUAGAAAAUCACCAGAAGAGAAAAAUGAAAUUAAAAUGAUCAAGAAAGAGAAUCGACAUUUAAAAGCACAAGUAUCAGAACUGGUUAAACUGUAUCAAGUGAAAGAAACUGAAUUAAAUGAAGCAGUGACUAAGAAUGCUUUAUUAACUGCUCAAUUGCAUGAUGUGGAAAGAAUCAAGGAAGCUACAGUGUUGGAGGAAGAAAACACGCAACUAAAGAUGCAGUUGUCAGAGCUGAUUGUAAAGUCAGAAGCAAACGAAGCUGAAUUAAGAAGAGUAAUGGAAGAAAAUGUUCAGUUGAAUGCUAAACUCCAUUUGUCACUCGAAGAAAGGGAGCAAACUACAACCCAGUUUAAGAGGCAGUUCAGCAAUGAGUUGGAAAGAGUGGAGAGGGAGAAAGAAAAGGUCAUAAGCGAAUUACAAGAGAAAUUACAAAUGAAAGAUGCAGAGAGUGCUAUUUAUGUGGAAGAUUUUAAUAGCGAACGGGUUGACAGAGAAAGGAUUCACUCCCAGUUAGAGGAUUUAAGAGAAGAAUUUGCUCAAACAAAAGAAAGGAUGCUAAUUGAAAGACAGAGAUGUGAGCAAUUGGCAGAGGAGAAUGUUGAAUUAAGCAAUGAAAGGGAAAAAGCUCAGGAAGACAUACAAGUGCUAACAGCACAAGUGAAUGCUUACAGUCGUGAGGUGGACAAGCAAAAAGGAUUAGUAACUCAGAGUCAAGAGAAACACAAAACUGAGGUUGAUCAGUUAAGGGGAGAGAUCAGUAGUCUCAGGGAAGAAAUCAACUCACUUAGAAAAGAGAAUGAAGGAAUGAAGGCAGCCAACACUGAACUAAUGAAGAAACUCAAAUCCCACAAGAGGACGUCAAGUUUGACAGACAAUCCUCAAAGCACCACCAGUAAAUCUCAAAAUACGAGAGACAGACAGUUAGAUGCUUCAAACUCUGCUACUAAACAACCUGUAAUCUCUCCAGUAGCUUCAUUACAGGGUGCUAGCAUUAAUGCUGUCUCACAUAGCAAUGGACAAAAGUAUCGUUCUCUCUCAAUGAAGCUCAAUAGGACUGAUGUCACGAGCAGUUUGCCACCAGCCACUGCAAUAACUGGUAGAACUAGCAGCAGCAGACCCAAACUAUAUAAUAAUGAGAUAGAAAGAGCUGAGGAAGAGGAGAGGCUGAGAUCAGAGAGAGAAGUAGACGCCAUUUUACUUGACGUUGACCAUACAAGGAAAUCAUACAAGCUAUUGACUCCAAGCGCUAUAGUUGAGAAUGGCUUGAAAGAGACUCGUGCUCGGGCUAAUACUUAUACCGAGGGUAUCACUCGUUCCAUUACCCAUACCCAGGCUGGCACUCAUACCCAGGCUAGUUCUCAUACCCAGGCUAGUGAAGCUAAUACUCAUACCCAGGCUAGUUCUCAUACCCAGACUAGUGAGGCUAAUACUCAUACCCAGGCUAGUGAAGCUAAUACUCAUACCCAGCCUAGUACUCAUACCCAUGCUAGUUCUCAUACCCAGACUAGUGAAGCUAAUACUCAUACCCAGGCUGGUACUCAUGCCCAGGCUAGUGAAGUUAGCAAGCGUGAGAAAGCACCCUAUGAUCCCAAUCUGGUCUGCCCGAAAUGUGGCAAGCAGUACCGUGUGGGAGGCAUACAGAAAUUAAGACGUCAUAUCAAUGAGCGUUGUACUGGGAAAGAGGACUGAACAUUUAAUCCACAUUGUAUAGCCAUGACCAUUUUAACCAUUUUUGAUAUUUUACUCACCAAAAUUCAUGUCCACGUGGAUUCACGUGGCCUAAGCUA